AUGGAGCUAACUAUUCUUCUUUGCGCUCUAUUUCUAGUUUUGCCUUUACUUGUUACUAAAUGGUAUAAAGAGUGUAAUAGUAAGAAAAAAUUACCUCCAGGCCCUUGGAAACUACCAUUCAUUGGAAACUUGCAUCAUUUUAUUGAUUGGCAAUCAUCUGAGUUACUACCUCAUCGCACUCUUGCUAAAUUAGCAUCAAAACAUGGAGGUUUAAUGCACAUGAAACUCGGUGAACGCGAAGCCAUUGUUGUAUCAUCACCUCAAAUGGUUAGAGAAGUGAUGAGAAAACAUGAUCUCAUCUUCUCUAAUCGGCCAACGCUUUUGGUUGGAACAGAAAUGUUUUAUGACCAUGCUGAUAUGGGAUUUUGUGACUACAAUGAUUUCUGGAGACAAAUGCGUAAAAUUUGUAAUCAGGAAUUACUUGGCCAUACAUAUAUUCAGUCAUUUUAUCCCAAUAUGAUGAAUGAGAUAACUAAUCUUGUUAGUUGUAUCAAAAGUUGUGCUUCUGAGGGUGGAGGUUCAAUCAACAUGACGGAAACGUUGUCUUUGUACACAAAUUCGAUUAUUUGCAAAGCAAGUGUAGGCAGGGCUUGUAAGAAUCAGGGGUCUUUGAUUGAGAUUAUGAGGAUAGUGUCUGCUUCAGCUGGAGUGUUUGAUCUCGCGGAUCUUUUUCCAUCGAUGAAGAUGAUUCAUUUCAUCAGUGGAUUAAAAUACAAACUGAGGAAAAUGCAUGAUGAGGUUGAUGUUGUUUUAGAAGAAAUUAUCGAUGAACAUGAAUCCCAAAACAGUGAGACCUCAGAAAAAGAUAUAGUUGAUGUUCUCUUAAGGCUUCAAAAGAGCCAAGAUUUUUCAAUUCCUAUCACCAGAGAUAAUAUCAAGGCUGUCAUCAUGGUAAGUUGA